CAUACGAAAUCUAUUUGAAUACACAAUGGGAAGGAGGUUAUAAUUAUGAUGUGAAGCAAAAGUUAAGAACAUUUUUACAGAGAAAUUGUAUCACAUACUUAUCAUUUUUAAAAUAUUGCAAAUAUUCAAAAAAAGAUUUUAGAAAAUUCAUGAUAGUUGAAAAUAAUAUUGGUGUUUGUAGAAAAA